AAACCAGCACGCCGCACCCGCCCUCCCCACCCUCCUGCCCAGCCAUUGGCUUAUUGCCGGCUACCGCGUCGGCGAUGUGGGUGGAGCCCGCCUCGAUUUCCUCCAAUGGCGGAGAGGCAGAGGCAGGCUCCGUGGAGGAGGAAGCAUGGCGUGGAGACAGCUGAAAAAGCGGGCCCUGGACGCGGCGAUCAUCCUGGGGGGUGGCGGACUCCUCUUCACCGCCUACCUGACAGCUACAGGGGACGAACGUUUCUACACAGAACACCUGAUGCCGGCUCUGCAGGGGCUGCUGGACCCGGAGUCAGCCCACAGGCUGGCCAUUCGCUUCACCUCCCUGGGGCUCCUUCCGCGAGCUAGGUAUCAGGACUCUGAAAUGCUGGAAGUGAGAGUCCUCGGCCACAAGUUCCGGAACCCAGUGGGCGUCGCUGCGGGAUUUGACAAGCACGGGGAAGCCGUGGACGGCCUCUACAAGAUGGGCUUCGGUUUUGUCGAGGUAGGAAGUGUGACUCCACAGCCUCAGGAAGGGAACCCGAGACCCCGAGUCUUCCGCCUCCCUGAGGACCACGCCGUCAUCAACAGGUACGGAUUUAACAGUCACGGGCUCUCGGUGGUGGAGCACAGGUUACGGGCCCGGCAGCAGGUGCAGGCCAAGCUCACAGAAGAUGGGCUGCCACUGGGCAUAAACCUGGGGAAGAACAAGACUUCGGCGGAUGCUGCCACAGACUACGCCGAGGGGGUGCGCGUCCUGGGCCCCUUGGCCGACUACCUGGUGGUGAACGUGUCCAGUCCCAACACGGCCGGGCUGCGGAGCCUCCAGGGAAAGGCUGAGCUGCGCUGCCUGCUGACCAAGGUGCUGCAGGAGCGGGAUGCCCUGAAGGGGGCGCACAAGCCAGCAGUGCUGGUGAAGAUCGCCCCCGACCUCACGGCCCAGGACAAGGAGGAUAUCGCCAGCGUGGUGAGAGAGUUGGGCAUUGAUGGAUUGAUCAUCACGAACACCACGGUGAGUCGCCCCGCCAGCCUGCAGGGGGCCCUGCGCUCUGAAGCCGGAGGGCUGAGCGGGAAGCCCUUGCGGGAUUUAUCAACUCAAACCAUUCGGGAGAUGUACGCGCUCACCCAAGGCAAGAUUCCCAUCAUUGGAGUUGGCGGAGUCAGCAGCGGGCAGGACGCGCUGGAGAAGAUCCAGGCCGGGGCCUCCCUGGUGCAGCUGUACACGGCCCUCACCUACUGCGGGCCGCCCGUGGUGGGCAAGGUCAAGCGCGAGCUGGAGGCCCUUUUGAAAGAGCAGGGUUUCAGCAGAGUCACAGAUGCCAUUGGAGCGGAUCAUCGGAGGUGAGGAUGUUGGCCGAUGAACUUGGCCUGGAACCUUCCUGUGAACUCGGGCGAGCCUUUGUGGCCGGACCGUGAGAGCGUAGACUGUCUGAGUCGUGCCUGUCAAAGCCGAUCACUGAGGUCACCAGGAUGAGCAGAAGGUGUUCUCCAGUGGCUUGGUCGGAGCGUAAACUGCAGUCAUUGGUCCUUCUAGACUCGAAUCCUGAGAUCCGUCAUUAUGGCAAGGACACUGGAUUUUUGGAGAGAAAAAUCAUGGAAAAAAUACAGCCAUUAAAACCCGAAUUUAAACCCACAGGCCUUGGCCACACCAUGCAGGCCUUUCCAGGCCUCUGUUGGCUGGGUCAGCAGUGGACUUACUAGGAACUUGCCUGUCUUUCAUUCUUUAUUUUUAUUUCUGUGUUUAUUUUGAAAACACUCCAAGCAGAGGCAAACUUACUUGCAUAAACACUUCACUUUGAUUUACCAGCUGCUAA